AUUGCCGAGGUGGGGAUACGGUAACUAGCGUUCUUAUUGAAAGAAAUUUACGAAAGUGGCGUUUUAUUUGAAUAUAUUUUUAAUAAAUUAGUGUAAAUUACAGACAUAAACAUAAAAUUUAGUUGCUCGGACCUUUAACAAAAAGUGAUAGUGUUUUGUGAUUUUGGAGUAAAGAAAGCUUGCUGCAUUGGGAAUCUAACAGCGUGGCUCCAUUGGCUUCUCUUUGUUUCUGUACUUUCUGUCAGGGAAAGUGUAAGAAAUCUUCAUGUGCGACAAUGAAGCGCACCUUAAACCGCGAAAGGUAACCUAAGGGUCAAAGUCGCGGACGCUGUGGUCAGUAGAAGAACCCAUUCGGAACCCAGAGUGCUAGGUGGUGUGAUUGUGCGCGUGCGUGGCAGUGGCACCAAUUUGUGCAUGUGUGGUUAGUUGCACCCAAUGGACAAGAGAAAAAUGAUGCCCAAAAGGCCUAGGUUUGAGCCACGCGGCCCAAUUUCAAACGGACCCAUGCAAACGAGGCCUCUCGUAGCUUUGUUGGACGGUCGUGAUUGUUCGAUAGAAAUGCCAAUUUUAAAAGACGUGGCCACGGUGGCGUUUUGCGACGCGCAAAGUACCAGCGAAAUACACGAGAAAGUGCUCAACGAGGCGGUAGGCGCGCUCAUGUGGCACACCAUUAUCUUGACUAAGGAGGACUUGGAAAAAUUCAAGACACUGCGUAUUAUAGUGCGUAUAGGGAGCGGUGUAGAUAAUAUUGAUGUAAAGGCUGCAGGUGAACUGGGUAUAGCGGUGUGCAAUGUGCCGGGAUACGGUGUAGAAGAAGUCGCCGAUACGACGAUGUGUCUCAUAUUGAACCUAUACAGGCGAACAUAUUGGUUGGCUAAUAUGGUGCGGGAAGGAAAAAAAUUCACAGGACCAGAACAGGUCCGAGAAGCAGCGGCGGGCUGUGCCAGGAUACGAGGUGAUACUUUGGGAAUCGUAGGACUAGGAAGAAUCGGCUCAGCCGUAGCACUGAGGGCGAAAGUAUUUGGUUUCAACGUGAUUUUUUAUGACCCGUACCUCCCUGAUGGCAUCGAGAAGAGUCUGGGCUUGACGCGCGUCUACACCCUUCAAGAUCUUCUCUUCCAAUCAGACUGCGUGUCGCUACAUUGUACACUCAACGAACACAAUCACCACCUUAUCAACGAGUUUACUAUUAAACAGAUGAGGCCAGGAGCGUUUUUAGUUAAUACAGCUCGUGGAGGUCUUGUUGACGACGACGCCCUAGCACAAGCCCUAAAACAAGGUAGAAUAAGAGCUGCAGCCCUAGACGUACACGAAAAUGAGCCAUACAAUGUGUAUACUGGUCCACUAAAAGAAUGUCCGAAUUUACUGUGCACACCUCAUGCAGCUUUCUACAGUGACGCUUCAGCUACAGAACUCAGAGAGAUGGCAGCGUCAGAAAUCAGAAGGGCAAUCAUGGGCAGGAUACCAGAGUGUCUGAGGAAUUGUGUCAACAAAGAAUAUUUCAUGGGACCGGGAGCUUACCCUGAAGUUUCGCCAGCUGGUGUAAAUGGUGGUUAUUACCAGGGUGGCGCCCUACCAGUUCAACAGGCACAUUCGACAACACCUCAUGAAGCACCUCACACAGUUACACCUAGUGCGGCAGCGCCACCUACCCCUCAACCAGCGCCACCCGUGGGACCAGUACCAGUACCGCCCCACGCUAUUCCCAUGAGUACUCCAGAUCCAGCGAAUCACCACGCACCCAAACCGGAACCGUCGGAAGUCCACUAACGGUGUCUCAACAACCCAGAUAAGAGUUUCUUGAAGGGCAAAGUACUGCUAGGAAUGUGUGGAGUGCAUGUUGAAUCACAUCAUUUAAAUAAGUUCAUGUUCUUUCAACUCUUUAAGGUAUACAUAUCGUAAAAAAUGAAAAAAUACUUUCUACAUCACAUGCCUUAUGAAUACAAAAAGAAAAGAAAACGCAAAAUUAUUACCAACAUGCUUGACUCACUCUGAAAUAUCUUACUCUAAUAUUUUUGAUGCUUAGGAUAAUUUUACUGUGACUUUUUUCAACAAUCAAAAUAUGUGUAUAUAAAUGUUUUUUAUAUAUUUUUAUCUAAAUGACUUUCACUUGUAACUUUCCUUUUGAUUUCAUAAUAAGGUUUUCAGGUGGGUCGAGGAUGUACAGAGUGAGAGUCAACUUUGGAAAAUAUCUUCUAACCAUUAUUCAAUCACAGAAACUACACAUCAAUGUAUUUAUUCUUAACACUUAUUUUGACAGAAAUUGAGUUAUGCAACCAUAAAACCAUUUGAAUAGCUUGUGGUUAUGUGUCUCAAACUAGCCAAUGUUCUUGUAAAACAUUAUUUUGUAAAACAAAGUCAAAAUAUAUUGAAAAGGGUAAAAUAAGGUAUUUUCGUGGUAAUUUUGAUGUUUGUUAUUGUAUUUUUGAAUUGUAGUAAUCUGUGAUUGUAGACAAUGAAUUACCAGUUAAAAUUUGGAAUAAAAACAAAACUUUGGAAAAAAAGUAGUUAUAAUAAGCUCCCUAAGGGUUACAGGUAAAUUUGUGGUACAUAUUAUUUUUUGAACAAACAUUUAUUGUGCUGUUUUUAAAAUUGAGGGUCUAAUCCACAUUUCUUGUUUGGUGCACUUUCUAAGAAAUUGAAUAUUUCUUCAGAAUCUUCUUUUUGCAAUUAAUGUCUUAUGACACGAAAUUGUCCAAUAGUUACUCACAAAAUGGUCAAAUUUCCAGUUAUGUGUGACUUGUAGAAAUGCAGUCCACCGCCACUUACUGACUUAAUGAAGUAUCUUCAUCUCAUAGAAAAUUUGCUCCCCCCAGCCUUCUUAACUACUUACCUCAGUUAAUUCAAAAUCUCGAGUUACUGAUUUAUUAUUAUAAUUCUAUAGUUUCAUUGAAAGGCAUGUCAUAGCAAAUGAUUUAUCUAACUUUAAAACUUGCAGUGUUUUAGGAUUAUUGUUAAUUUUCUUUAAAAAUUGCUUACUGGCUUUAUAAUUGUUUGUGAUAUGAUUUAACAUCAGUUUAGUGAUACAAAUGUAAGCAACCAGUUGCCAGAUCUCAAUUUGUCAAACCUAUAUUUGUCUAUAAUAUGGGAUCAAUAUUUCAAUAGGUACAAUCAUAGUAAGUUGAAGAUCACGAAGAUACCUAACUUUGUCCUACAUGUUAUAUUAAAAAAGAUAUCAUAAAAUUGGAUUUAAAUCUAGUUACUCUGAUAAAUCUGGUCAUGCUAUUGGCCAAUUAUCUUUACAAGCUGACAAAAAUACAUAGUAAUAUUUAUAGUACAGCCGCUUUUUUGCUCCAAAUGUGCUUAAGACAUUUCAAAACAAUUAUCUUAUGACUUUCUGCCAAAAAGUCAAAAACCCACCUCGUCGAUCAUUUUAAGUACAGUUGGAUUAUUGAAAGUGUUUUUUUAAUAAAUUACUCAGCUAUUCGAAGUAAAUUUUAAUGUGUCAUUUAAAAAUUAAACAUUUGGAUAUCAUCUGCAAGAUUCCAAUUAAAAUAUAGCAGAGGAGGUUUAUAUAUUUUUAUAAAUUAAAACUAAAAUAUUAUCUGUGAAAACCAAUAACACUUGAUUUUAAUAUCUUAAAUAAAAUCCAUUUUUUAUGGCAGGUUGUUCAACAUUGUCAAUGUUGCUAUAAGAUAUUUGACUAUGUGUUAUUUAUUAACUGGCUAAAUCUUUUUUAAACAUUAAAAGUCACAAUUGAACAUAUAUUCCGUUGUCUAUACUGUAUGGAAAACUAAUUAGAUAUAUAUACCAAGGGAAAGCUAAUUUGUUGGAUUGAAAAUUAAUUCGGUAGAAAGUUCCUCCACUAGAUAUUGCUCCAAAUGUGCUUAACACACAUUUUAAGACAUUUUCCUUAUCAGAAACUCGAAAACCCACCUGUUCGAUAAUUUUCGGUACAAUUGGACCAUUAAAAGGUUCUUUCUGAACAAUGUUACUUAAAAAUGAAACAUUUUCGGAUAUCAUUUAAUAGUUUGACAAAAUUCCCAACUUCAAAAUAUAAUCUGUAGAGAAAGGCAUAUAUUUUUAUACAAACUCAAAACCAAAAAAUCAUCUGGGAAAACCAAUUGCACUUCAUUUUAACAUUUUAAGAUUGGCUUUUUAUAACUCACUCUCAACUCACUCUCAUUGUGCCUAAAAGAUUAUUUGAAUAUCUGUUAAACAGCUAAAUCUUCAAUGUUCAAGAUAAGACACAAUGCAACUUCUCGAUUUAGAUAAUUAAUACUAUUGUUUAAUGAACUAGAGAAACACCAAAUAUAUUUGAUUUUCUCAACGCCAUAGAACUCUUCAUAGCUUCUUCAUAGUGCCCUUUCUAGAUUCCCCAUUUUUGUCUUUUUCUACAAGUAUUAUUCUAAACGAUAUUAUUAAUUUGGUUGUUAUGUGCCUAAGAAUUGUCUUCAAAGGUUGUAAAAUCUGUAGUGACUCUUCGGAAAUCAUACCUACUUUACAGAAUACAGACAAGACAAAAUUAAUUUAAUGCUAUAUUUGACAUGCAAGAAAAAACGAUUUAAAGCCAAAUUUCUCUGUGAUGUAGUAUUACACAAAAUAUUAAAAGUGACUACUGAUCAGUUACAUAUUUAGAGAAAAUGCCAAGUAAUAUAUAUUUUUAUUAGAUGUAACAUACUUGCAAAUAAAUUUUAGUGAAGAAAUUAUAUUCCAAAGCAUUUCAUUGACUCUGCCUGUUAGUUUCAUUAAUAUAUUUUCUGAUCUAUUCAUGUUUGGUUUGUCAUUUGUAUAUUUAGAUGUUUUAUCGCCAAGAGGAAUAUUUUUAUGUAUUUUUUCUUGCUUAAUAUUGUAGUGGGAAACCAUCAUUUGGUUUUUUUAGUAUUAUCUUAAAAUGCGUUGACUGCAAAAUACUUUGUUGGUAAAGUUUUUUUAUAAAAAAAUUAUAAAAUAGGUCUAUGGUAAAUCCGAUCAUUUAAAAUUGCCGAAAAUUUUGUUCUCGAUCUUUUACUAGAAUGAGUGUUACUUUGUCACAUAUUAGUCAAGGAGAUUUACUAUUGACCCAUUUGGUAUGCUGUAGAUUAAAAAACAUAUUCAGGUAUGUCUAGUGCAGAUCAUAAUGAUCACAUACACUUUUUUAAUUUUUAUUUCUGUGUCUUUAUUACUAAGUGCAUUAUUACGUUGAGAAGAAAGCUAAAGUGCGGUAUUUUUUACAAGAAUAAUUAUAUAUUUUAAGUUUUAGUUGUCACCGUCAAGGGUAUUAUUCUAAAAUUGAUUGUUGGGGAAAAAGCAAAUUAAGUGUAUACUAAUAGAAGGUUGAAAACUGAAAAAUUUCAGUUGUGUAAAUUGUAAACAAAUUUCAAAAUGUGUACAAAAUGAUAACAAUUAUUUAAAUGUUUUAAUUUGUAAAAAUAUUUAUAAAUUUAACUUUAUAAAAGAAAUAAAAAUCGCCUUCACUAUCCAACAUUUAAUAAGAUAAUGUGAUACUUUGUUUAAUGGCUGCAUGUUUAAUAUCCAUUCUACUGAGUCAGAUUAUUGUUAAUUCGGGAGUAUUCCAGCUUUCGUCACAAUAAACAUGAGACUAUUGGCUCUAUCGAUUCUACAUGAUAUUUCUUGUGAAUGAUACCCAUUCUGCAUUCAAUGUGCAGCCUAGAAUAAUAUAUUUUGGUACUAAUUAGCCCAUUCUGCAUUCAAUGUGCAGCCUAGAAUAAUAUAUUUUGGUACUAAUUAUAAUCUGGUUACUUGCACUUAGUAUAAGCCUAUGUAGUUCUUGUAGGCCAUCUCUAUUAAUAACGCGACAUCUGUACAUAUUAAAUGACAAUUCUAGUGAAAAUUCAUCACUCAGUGUGAGUCUGUGACUGGCGGAAAUCUGUCUGAAUUACAGAUAACCAUAACUAAAACUUUAUAGAUACGCCACUGAAGUCCCGGCUGUUUCGCCGUCGGAUUUUAUGUUAUUUAGCGUAUGGCAUACAAUAAAAACACACAGUUGACCAAAACAAAUAAAACAAUGUGCAUUAAAAGACUUAGAUGUUGAAAACUUUAAAUAUAGUAUUACAAACAAGCAUCUAAUGUACCAAUGUAAUGUGAAACAUUUUCUAUCGCAUUUAGGAAACCAUCAAAAACUCAACAGAAUUGCAUUCGGGGCAUUCUUCAACAAUGUGGGGUCAAAAACUCCAUGCAACCUCCUUCAAAUGCAUUUUCCAACAAUGUGACGAACAGUUUGUUGUUUUGCACCACAAUCACACUUAGGACUAAAGGCUUUACUCCAUCUAGGUAAGCUAUCAGCACAUGUAUCUGUUUGUUCUUAUUCUGUUCAGUGUUCAUCAGGUAUUGAGAGGCAGUUCAAAGCCUGGUGGUUUCUGAUUGAUACAGGCCAUUUGGUGCACUUCUUAUGAUGAGUCACUCUCCCUAGCAUUGGUUAGACUGAAAUGGUCCUGGUGUAAGAUGACCUUUAACGAUGGUCUAUUCAUUUCGAUAUCAAGCUUGCCAUGGUGGAUGGGUAGUUGAUGGUUAACCUGGAUUUUUCUAUAUUCUCUAAAAAGAUAAUGACUUCCUCAUAGUUUUGGUAGUGGGAUGUGACUUAGAAUGGAAAGCUAAUUAGUAUUGGUCUAAUAUUGUAUCUGAGAUCAUUCACAUUGUUUGGUUUAAUUGGGUAUCAACAGUCUUUGUGUGUUUGAUAUUGGGCCAUACCGGGGAAGCAUGUUUAACUGCCGAGUAUACAAGUCCGAGUGUGGAUGACUUGAUAGAUUGAAGAACCCCAUGUGGUGCCAUAUCGCCGGUCGGAGAAGUCCAGUAAUUCCAUGCAUAAAUACAAUAGUUUGCGCAUUUCAUUAUUAAUUACAUUUGCUGUAUGUAUUGUUGUUAGUGGCCGCUAUUCAUCGUAGUGAGUUCCCUGAUAUCUUCUAGUACCACUCUACAAAUUUGCUCCAAGUAUAAACUUUACAGUAACAGUGAUAAAAGCCUGACAAACUCCUUUCUGUAUCUAUACUAAUUGAUUUUCAUUUAACUAUGUCGCUUCUAUUUCCAAUACAUAUUAGUUAUUAUUCUUAUAACUAUCCCGUUUAUAAGGAUAUUCAGAAUCCUUUCGUAAGAUAGAACUGACUGUCUAUAAAAGCAAGUAGAUAUGAUUUGUGAUAAAAUCCAGAUGAAUCACAUUCAAGUAGUUCCAAUAAUCAACUGUCAUGACUGUUUUUUACAGUAUGUUGCUUUUUUAUGCUAUAUGUUUUGCAAUCCAUCAUAUGCAAGUAAUUAAUGAUCUUUAAUUUAUAGUGUUUGGUCAAGUUUGUCAAAAAAUUGUCUACCUUGCCUGCAAUUCUAACAAUAUUCAGUUAUUACUUGCCAUAUAAUUUAUUAUUAAAAAAACUAAAAGCACAAAACUUAUAGGGCAUGUAAUUAGAAAAGACCAACAUGUAGUACAACUCGAAAGUAUUAAAAUUGAACAAAGCUAAAAGCAUAAUACAAAGGUAAUUACAGUAAAUAACCUUAAGGCACAAACAGAGUAAUUAUUGGAUGCCUUCAGCUCAGCUGUGUCAGCAAAUAUUAGUUUUUUUAUAAGAUUAAAUUUGUAAUAAUACCUAGAAACAUCUAUAGGCAUUUUCAAAGCAGUAUAAAAAGCUUCUUACUUUACAUAGUUCCUCUAAUCGAUUUCAUUGUACAAUGAUUCUAUUCAUGUAAAGUAUGAAAAUGUGAAUACUGCAUCACGGCGUAAAGAAAACGUUUUAGUUUUUAACCCAUUAUGCCCUGGUUAAUUUUAUUUAAAACAUAAUGUUUUAAUAUACAAAACAGUAAGUAGUAGGUAAUGUUAAAAAAAAGUAAAUUUUGCUGUGUUCUCGACAAUUGAUUUUUGUAGUAUUGACCCUGUACAUGUUACAAUACCUAUUGUUUAUUUAGGAAAUGCUGCAAUGUUGUAUGAAUGAUUAAUAGCCCAAAAUGUUUGAGUUAAGACGUUUUAGACAAAAUAUACUAUAAAUUAUAUGAGAAUAAACUAUAAGCUGAGACAUUGUUGAAAACAACCAGUGAAGAAGGAUGGUGAAUAAAAGUGGACUUAAGAAACAAUUUGAGGUGAAGUGUGCGUACGAAUAAAUUUCAUAUUUGUAGAAUAUUAGUGAUAUUUGUGACUAAUUUCAGUAACAUACAAAAUGCUUAUGAUUUAUUGCGUAUUUUUGUUAAAGGACUAUACACAUAUAUAUUUUUUUUUGUUGUUAUUUGCAGUAAUAAAAACUACAUUCCACACAUUGGUUUAGCAACAAAAACAGUUUGGAUAAGGUUGUGUACCACAAAAUUGACUGGCAGCUUGAACUGAAUUCUCGACAAAUGGAAAGUCACCUUAUAUAUGGGGGGUAAUAAUUUUUGGUCUUGGAUGAUUAUACAGAUAUUAAAAAUACAAACAUAUUUUAAAAAUAUUAGAUGAUGUUCAAAAAUUAUGUAUAAAUAUAUUCACAGCCAAGAAAAAGUGAGUGAAAUAAUUCACGACUACCACGUGAUCAUCUUUCCGAUGACAUAUUUGUUGAUCAAAUGAUGAUAAAUUUGUGGUAGAGUAAAAUGCGAGUCAUACCUUGAGAUUGGAUUGGUUUUAAUUGCGUUUUAAGGAAAUCGUUCACAUCUAAUUUUUUAGGCGCGCUUUUUCUCAGCUAUGAGUUGAUUAUGAACUACAAAAAAAUCUAUAUUAAAGUAUUAAGUAUCAUUGUUCUGUGAUGUAAGUCUCAUUUUUAUGAACGGUACCUGAUAUUUGAAAACCUUAUUAGUCAACAAUAAUAUGAGGUAUCUCAAUAAAUUUGCAAUUUACACUACCAUGUAUUUUUGUAGUGAAUAUAAGAAAGUAUUUUAAAAUAUGUUUUUACAAGCAACUUAAGUAAAAACUCAAACAAUAUAAUAUUAAGACAAUUUUCUAAGACCAGAAGUGUGGCUCUGUGUAACCUUCAUAUUUCUAUUUAAUAUUUGAAUCAUACGUUGUGUUUAGUUAUUUCAUAAUGUAAUUGAGUAAAGUUCUUCUAUAAAAUACAAUUUAAAUGAGGCCAAAUGUGCUCGAUAUGUUUAUGAAAUUUUCUGUUAUACAACCUUAUUCAAAGAGAUCUUAGUGGUGUACUAUUUGCUCAGUAUAUUUUUAUAAAAAAAAUUGAAAGGAAAAAAUGAUUUACAAAUUGUAGAAAAUGGUUCACCGACUGCAAAUCUGAUUUGGAAGACGAAAGUACGCAAUAACGUUUUUAUGAACACAAUAGUACAGCAUGUGAAAUGAAAAUUGUAGGGCUAUUGGACUUCCACAAAAUUUUCAAAUAAAUAUCUUGAAACUUA